GGGGUAUCCCCCUGGGAAUGGGACCCAAGGGAUCUGAUGCCGUCCAGGGAGGGCAAGUCUGGAGGGGGAGGGAAAGGAAGGACUGCGUACCCGGAGCCCCCGCGGUGGCCCGGAGUGGGUGCUGGGAGGGGAGGGAUCCAGGCGAAGACAUCCACCGAGAGGGCGCAGAAAAGAGGAGAGCCGGAGCUCUGGGAAGUAGGGACUUCAAUCCGAAGCGGCUGCUUGUCUGUUGCAAUUAUAAAGUUGUGAAGGGCGGAAGGGAGGUUGCCUUAUUUGCUGAGUAAUCUGCACCUCCGCGGUGCCGGCGUAGACCCCAUCCUGUCGAGUGGGCCUGGUGCCUCCGCGAAGGAAAGGUGCGCGUGUGAAGACGCGUUCCAGGUGGGAUCGGCGAGGAUCUCUCGGGCGCCGCUCACUCCUUGGUCGCCUUGCUUGCCAGCAGUUGCUCCCUUAGUCCUUGGCUUGCUCGCACACCCCCUCCCUCUACAGGGAGCAGUUUUGGGUGGCGUGGGCUCCGUCCUCUUCUUGGCUGGUGGGAACAGUGUGCCCAAGAGGGGAAGCCUAGUGGGCCCGGCCCCUCCCAGCCCCGCGCCAAUGAGUGCCAGGGCGCCGAAGGAGCUGAGGCUGGCGUUGCCGCCGUGUCUCCUCAACCGGACCUUUGCUUCCCCCAACGCCAGCGGCAGCGGCAACACGGGUGCCCGCGGCCCAGGCGCAGGUGGCAGUGGCACCUGCAUCACGCAGGUGGGACAGCAGCUUUUCCAGUCCUUCUCCUCCACGCUGGUGCUGAUUGUCCUGGUUACCCUCAUCUUCUGCCUCAUCGUGCUGUCCCUCUCCACUUUCCACAUCCACAAGCGUAGGAUGAAGAAGCGGAAGAUGCAGAGGGCUCAGGAGGAAUAUGAGCGGGAUCACUGCAGCGGCAGCCGCGGUGGCGGGGGUCUGCCCCGACCUGGCAGGCAGGCCCCAACCCACACAAAGGAAACCCGGCUGGAGAGGCAGCCCCGGGACUCUCCCUUCUGUGCCCCUUCCAACGCCUCGUCGUCCUCCUCUUCGUCCCCUGGCCUCCCGUGCCAGGGUCCCUGUGCUCCUCCGCCUCCACCGCCAGCCUCCAGUCCCCAAGGAGCACACGCAGCUUCCUCCUGUUUGGACACAGCUGGCGAGGGCCUUUUGCAAACGGUGGUACUGUCCUGAUCGUCUAGCCCCUCUCGUUCCCCGUCCUUGUUUCCAUCAUCUUUGCCAUCCUUGCUUUUUUCCUCCUUCCUUCCUUUUCCAUUUUCCUCUGGCCCCUCUUUUCCUCUUCCUGGUUUCCUUAUCUGCCCUCCCCUUACUCUUGUUUCUCCUCUGCCGAGGCACUGUGCGGUAUUUGUAAAUAUUGGGCGAGGAAAGUCUCGGAAGAAGAAAUAACGCUGAUAAUAAUACUUUAUUAAUAUAGUAAUUAUUAUAAUACUAAUAACACAAUCCAAGCGCAUGACAAAUCACAUAAUUUCUCAUUGUCAAUGAAGGAUGCAUCUUCCCACUCCAAUCCGCGCUCCCCUCAAUUAGGAGGAGAAACCGCACAAGCUACCAAAUAUAUAAAAGGCAUUGAUUCCCGAAGCAAAGGGAGGGGAGGGGGCCCGGUAAUGUACAUAGCUGUCAAGUUAAGGUUUAGUUUCCUUCCUUCCCCUCUGACCCCUAAGCUUUCACUUUUUCUUUAGCUUCCCUCUCCUCCCCAUUCCCACCCUCAGCCGGGCUCAGGCAAUAGUAUAUUAUAAAGAAAACGUCUACAUUAAGCACCAGGACUGCAAGAGGGCAUAGAGAAUAGUCCCCAGAAAGUGUUUAUGACAGGUACCCCUCGCCAGUCAGCCCAUUUCUCACCCUCUGGUUAACUAUUACCUAUUACCUUUUCCAGGACAGAACCUUUAAUUUACUUUUUAAAAUGACCCUCGCUGGCCGAGCAUAAGUACGUUAAAAUCUUUAAAUGAGUUUUUUAAAAAAGCUAACGCUUUCACUCCCUGCCCCGCCCCCACCCAUACACCUUUGACCUGUGACAUUUUCAGGAUUUACAGAGGAUCUGGGAGCUGUCCAGCCAGGUCUGGUGCUGAAGUCGCCUCACCGUUCUGAUUACUUCCUCUAGUUGUGAAGGCGGAGGAGGGGCUGUUUUGGAAAAUGACUAUUCUGGCUUUUGGUUGGGUUCUUUCUUCUUUUUCUACAAUCGAGUUAGCGUGUACUAUUGGUUUUCUUAUUAUUAAACAUUGCAUAAGUUACCUUUUUUGUAAAAAAAAAAAAAAAGUAUUAGGUGAUGUGCAGUACUGAAAGUGCAGUAUCUAACCAACUAGAAUGUUUCUGUUUUAUUUUUAGAACAAGUGCACCUUUGUUAUAUAUUUAUUAUAUUGGUACCAAAUACAGAAAAAAACUAUAGUUCUGUACUAUGUCCUCCAAACUGUAUAUUAUUGUUCUUAAUUUCCAGCUGUUGAUAUAAUGGUUACCACUGGAUGAGAAAUUCAGUGGUGCAGACCUGGCUUCCGCUGUUUCCAGAAGUGUUCUUUUGUACCUUAUUCUGUAGUAGACUGUUAUAAAAAGAUGACACACAUGCUUUAUUUAUUUUUUUUUUUUUGCAAAUAAUAGAAAAAAACACAACCACAGAAACAAACAAAUAAUGGAUGUGCAAGAAUGCCAUCUAUUAAAAACAUGGUUAAUAUUUAAACAGUGCCUGUAGUUCUCCCUGCAUGCAGUUACCACCUGGAGGCAGUGGUGUUUGUGCUUGCUUGUACUGUAUGUGGUUGGGGAUGAGACUGGUGGGGAUGUUGGGCAAUUUGGAUGACAGGACAUGCGAAUUUCAAGAAAAGUUAUAUCCAGUAAUUACUUAUAGGAUAAAAAUGUUUGCAGCUUGUUUGUUUAGUUACAAAUCUGUGCCUGCAGCAAAGGAAAGGCUAUCUUUCUCAGUCUGUCCUAACUUCACUGAACAUACAAAAACACUGAGAAAAUAAGAUAAAUAUUUUAUUAUUUUCUAAUGCCAGACAAGGCCAUCUAUGUUAGAAAUGGAAUUAGUCUAUAGUUAUUUACCACUUUGUUUCCUUUGGUUGAAUGAUAGAAGAAGCCAGAAGCAUAUUACAAUAUUAGUUAUAUGCAGUGGCAUCUCUUCUUGGAAAUCAAGCCUUUGACAGCUAUUCAAAUUUUUGGAAAAUGUAUGAAUGAAAAUGAUCUGCAAAAAGCUCUACCAAAAGAGUCCUUACUAUCCUGCAGGGUGUAAGGCAACAGUGCCCCUAUGAGCAUCCCUCUCCCAAGCAACUAGUUGUUCUAAAUUGUCUACUUGGUCCAUACAUAUGUGCUCUUAUCCAGAGGAAAUAUUACCUCUAAUAUUUUUGGUCAUCUAUUAAAUUGUCCAAGCUCAGUCUGCAUCUUUUAUAAAAAUAAUUUAAUAAACUUAAUUUUAAUCACCCAUAAGAUAAUCACCUUUCCUGAAGCACAGAAGAUCAUCACUGAGGCAUGCCAUCUUGUAAUAUUAGGAAGACCAGGUAUAAUCUUUGGGUACAAUAUAUUAAACAAUGAACCAGUUUUUCUCCAGUGCCUUAGUCACUUCCUAGUAAUAGGUAAAAGAGUGCAUUAACUCCCUCAGGCCACUAGGGAAUCCUUUAGUGCAUCAGAGUUCUACAUUGUACAUCAGAAUGACUAAGGCACUGUGAAGAAGAAAGUCCAUUAAUUUUUGUAGCUUACCCUCAUCCAGUGGUAGCUCUUUAAUACUUUAUUACAGAACGACUUUUGGACUUGAAAUUUAAAUAGAAUCAGGGACCCAGAAGGGAGCUUCGUCAUUUCCAAUGAGCUCCAAUAAGUGCAUGGAUAUUACUUUCUUCCCCUUAUUUGGUGCACUUUCUACAGUGAAUAAUUUCCCAUUUUAUUAAAGCAAUAAGAUGUUCUGUUGUGAGCAGUGCUGGAUAACGAUUCCAUUUUCUUGGUGCUGAAGCUACGCAUAUGUUCUUGCCUUAUGAAUCAUAGUGUAUUCAAGGCAUGCAAUAAUAAUCCCCUUCCAAGGAGCAGCCUGUACACUCUGUGGGGUAAUUAUGAAAUUGUCCUACAUCAUUUUUCCCCAAAGGAAUGCAAGGAGCAAGAAAAAUAAAAGCAUUAUGUAUAUUGUAAAACAAAUGAUCUCAAUACCUCUCAACAUGGGCACACAUCUGUAAUACACUUUUAUUGUGCACCUUUAAAUGUGUAUGCCUUUCUCCAUUAAUUGACUGUAGUUUAAUAUUUUAAUAGUGCUCUGUGUAAAGAUGAUGCAGUUUGUGAGUCAGAUUUCAUACUGAGCUUAAUAUACUCAGAACCUAAGCUUCCAGUGGUAUCACUUGUGAUUUUUUUAUGAGAUAGAGAAUUACAUGAAAUUCUAGUAAGCCAGUUCCCACACCAAAUUAUUUCAAUAAGCACACAUCCAAGCAAUUUAUACAGACCUUGUUUAAAGCACUGCUUCUUAUAGAGCUCAAUUGGCAGUCUCAGGAGUUUGGGAUGCUACCAACAGGGCAUUGAGGUUUUCAUUUUUAUGAAACAAAAGGCAAUCUGGAAAUAGCUAAAUUUGUUUUAAGGAUUUUAUUCACUGAUGUCCCGUCAAACUAAUUGCUUCAAACCCCUAUAGCUACAGCUUAACUUCUGCACUUGCUAUUCAGUAUUAAUAAGGUGGCAUGCUUGAUUCUUAUUGUUUUUAAAAAUGAGAAAAUUUGGAGAGAGAAUACUAUUAUGUCAACUGUACCAGACUCUGAAUCUUAAAGACGUAGAUGGAUAUAAUCUUUAGACUUUAUAUACAUCCAUAGAUAUGUAUUUAUAUAUGCAUACGUUUUGUAUAAAUUUACAAUUGACUUUUUGUAUUCUCUUUUCUGUCAUUACAAGAAUGAGAUGGAAACCAAAAUAGUUGUUCCAUCCUCUUAUCCAAAGAGGAUACUGAAAAGUCAGGUAUGUGCAUGCACUUAUUUCUCUGGGGUCAAAUCAGAAUGACUUUCUCUUUAAUAAUGAAAGGGGAGAGUCCUGGUUAGCUUGGAAAACUGGUAAUUAGAUAAGCUUCCUUUCCUAGGUUAGUGACAAUGUAGCAAUGAUGAUAAAGUUAUGACCCAUAUCAAUGUGGUCUAAAUAUCUAGAUGGAAAGCAAAAAUAUCCAGAAGAGGUUUAGGGCCAUCUAAACCACAAACCUGGAACCUGGAUUGUGGUUUGAUGUUUUUCAUUUUCAACCUAUAUGUUGUGUAGAGAUACAAUUUAUAUCUGCAUAGCUAAAGGUAAAGUGAAAAUAUGACUAUUAUCUGUUUAGUUUGAUAAAUCAUUUUUGGAUAAUAUGGGUAAAAUUAGCUUUAAGAAACUUCUUUGACAUCUGACUUUUCCACCAUUUCUAUCUGCAUCAAUUGUAUUAAUUAGAUAAUGGUUAAAUUUUAUUUUUUUAUCAUGUAGACAUAUGCUUUAAUGCUUUUCUGUGGGUGAAAGUUGAACAGUUGCUAGCUGAUAUUAUGUGGAAGUUACAGGUUAAAUUAGAACCAGAAAUUUUAACAUAGUCUUAUCAGGUUCCUUAGUCCCAUUCCCAUGUGAAUCUGAACUUUGAAUUUGAAUCUGAAAGGCCUUUGAAUUUGGAUCUGAAAGGCCUACUUAUUUGGGCCAUUUUUUAUUGGAACUUGUGAUUGUGACUCACAGAUGUUUCAGUUCAUAUUAGAAUAAAUUGCCCAAUCUAUAAGAGUGUUGAAUCAUUGGAAUGAAUGUAAAUCUGAUUCUGAUUUGGUUUGCUAUUUAUUUGGUAACAUUUGAGAAACAGCUAAUGUGGCUUGACAUCAAUACUUAUUAAUGUCACCAACCUAAUAAUACAAUUGGUGCCAUGUAUGAAUGCUUAGCUGACAAUAAGAAUUUAAUUAACUUUAUUUGGAGACAAUGACUUCUCAAGGAGGUCCUACCCAUUUGAGGUAGGGAUAUUUCCCUUAUAGUUGUGAUUACAAGGGAUUGUUUCUAUGGAGAGAUUAACAACAACAACAGUAACAAUGAUGACAACAACAGAAAAACUGACUUUUGAACUUGAGUAUAUCCAAUAGAUAGAAGAAAAAAGAUUAGAAUUCAUGGAAAAUUUGUUUUGCUUUUCUAUCAAUAAAAGAGUUUUCUUGUUAAUUGGCUUUUUGGACAGUAUUUCCUUACCAAUUUAAUAUAUAAUAUACCAGGAUAACAUAAUUACUUACUCUAUUAUACUCAGAUGCUCAAAGAAAUUAUAUUGUUUUCAAAAAAUUUUUAUAACUUAUCUGCUCUUCCUCACAAACCAACUACAUCUUAGAAAUGGGAUGUAUAUAAAAUUUAGGACAACCCAAUAAACAGUCCAGUAUAAUAAGGUAGCAGCUCCUUUACACAGAUGCUCAGGAUCUUGAGGUCAUAUGCUUAAAUUCUCAGAUUUCCUCUUUCUCUGCCUCCACUUCUCUAAUAUAAUAUAAUCAGGUAUAUCAGGAAGGGAUGUGGCUGACAUGAUUUUGUGCCAAUUAAGGGAAAGGUAGCCUCCAACCGGUCUGAUGGAUCCUAGCUGAACCCUGCUGAAAGGAUCUGUUCCCUAGUUUGAAGUGCUAUUGUCCUACUGGCUUUUGUGUUGACAUUUACCACAGCAAUUUUACACCAUGGACGUUUGUCCUCCAUUUCAAACACAUACAUCCUGACCCUGGCCAUCUAUAGGUCCACCAGUGCUCUCACACAAUGUCUCCUUCUUGGAGAUGCAGGAAGUUCUGGGUGCCCUGCAUGCCAUGGACCUAUUGGUGAAAAGCCUGGGUCUAUCUUGGGAUUAUUCAUCUAUCCAUCCACCUCCUCCUCCACCUCAAUUCUACUAAUCUUACUUCAUAUGUUGAAUGGUGCCAUGAGGGUUUCUUCUGAGGUCUUGAGACCCAAACUAAUAUAUUUAAGGGAAGGGAGUUUACCAUUUAUCUCCAAUCCUUGAGCUUCUCCAAAGCUAUGUAGAUGUUUUCAAGCCAACACCACUCCUUUGGCUCCUAAAUAUAUGUGAAGAGGAGCAUGAAAGCUUUAAUGGCCACCUGCUUCACUUUUCUCUUACUUUUCUCAAAAUUGCUCCAAACUGCAAGAAGCAAGUAUUUCCCUUAAUGCCUACUUUUCUCUACCCAAGACUCCUCCUACUAUGGUUAGUUUCCUGCUUCUGCAAUGGACUUAAUCAUCUUCUUCCUGAUGUCAGCAUUAUGAUUAACUCUUAAGGGCAGUUGGACAGGGUGUAAGAGACAAAAAGGUAAGCUUAUUAAGGGAUCCUAAAUCAGGACCUAUUUGAAACAUUAUGCCACACACCAUAGUAAAUUUCCGUAUUCCUACAAGGGACAUGUACUCAUGAUUAAGCUCCUGCCCUCCCCUUUUCCAUGAAGGUGGGAGCUUGAUUAUCUUGAUUGUAUUUUCAUAUUAACUUCACUCAGUUCCUCUAAAUUGGCUAGAAAACCUGAGUACUAAACCUUAUAUCACUCUAUGUCCCUAAGAAGGCACCAACUCUACCAUAUACUGGACCAUUAUUUCACCCUAUCCCUUACCCUUUAGGAGCUGCAGAUUGUGUGUAGGAAAUACUUCUCUUAAGCUUGGAUAAACUUCGAGUGGAUCUUGAAUACUGGAGUGGAGAUGAGUAGCUACUCGAUGUAAAGGCAGCAGCAAGUAAAGAUUGGUACAACCCUAUCCCUAGCCAUUGUCCUCUGUAUCCCCAGUAGGUAUAUGUGCUCUAACUUCAGCUGUUUGGCUCAAGAGAGGGAUGAGUAGUAACUCAGCUAGCUCUUACAAGACAAGCAUGGUUCCAUUCCCCAACUCCUUCAAUCUCUCUGGGUGGAUUAAUUUAUGAAAUAUUAGCUGUGUAUUCUCUUUCUGAUUAGUUGUUGAAAUCCAGUCACUCUUUCCAGAAUAUCAUCUCCAGAUAUGUUCCAGGCUUGAAUUGAUGCAGAUAAUAUUGGGUUUCCCUCUCUCAAAAAGUGGCUCUACCUUUUAAAACUUUACAAAACAAGAAGAAGCUCUUGUGAUAACCUUUCUUAACCCCUCUUUUUCAACUUAUGCUGAAUAUCAUCUAUCUGUGUUUGCAAAUCCUGUCUCUUCUUGGAUCAUGACCUUAACUCAGGAUUUUAAAUUUUAGCCUGGAGGUUUGUAGUCACUUUGUGGUACAAAAUUUUCAGCACAUGGAAUCUCAAAAAUUUAGGAAAGCCGCUACUAACCUCAAUGUAUUUAGGUGGCAAAAAUGCAUUGAGAUGACAAAAAUACUCACUCUUCACAUAAAGAUGUGCAAAACAAAUGUGGCUACUUUAUUUUCCUAUAAUUCAUCUUAUCUUCUUCACAGGGACCUAUUUGCUUGGUAGUUUUCUUAAGAAAGUCACCACAUUAUCAAAUUUUCUCUCUUUCCUGUGCCCCUUUCCAAGGCUGUGUCUGGGUAUAAUUUAUGUUAUCUCAUGGUGGCAGAGGAAAAAGGCUCCUCAGAUCUAUGCAGAGUUCAAGGAAUCCUUGCUGGUUCAACUGGAGAGUGGCCAGUCUGGUUUGCUUCCCAAACUGGUGGCUGCUAUGCUACAGCAAGUCCUAUCUUGUACCCCCAGUUGGAGCCCAGGAUCCUGGACAAUUUUCCAUUCUCAAACUUUGAGUCUACCAUGGCUUUUUGUUCCAACUGAAGAAUUUUGCCAUUUUACUGUAUUCUAAGCAUCCCUGGGCUCCUUUAACUGGGACAAAUGGGAAUUUCUGGGUUCUAUUCAGAUGAUAGAAAACAAGAAGCCUUCUAGUAGCCUACUGCCAUGACCAUCACCCCAUUGCCACUGCCUUCUUGUUGGAAACAGGAAAGUACAGUAGCUCUCUCUAUUAAUGUUUCCCACUAGUAAAGACAUGGAUACUUGCUAAAACCCUUACUACCCUCAAAGUUCUCUGGCUUCCGGAUCCUAUCAGAAUGCUUAUUAUUGGAUCCCUCUCUAUUGCAACUUUUCUCUGAAUCAAGGGUCUUGGGGAGUAAGAGUCUUACAAUUCGUCUUCCUCAGUCAUUAUUAGACUCCUCUCUCUCCCCUCCCCAAAUUGCCCAGGACUGGAAAGGAUAGACUUUUCUAUGUGGUCCCUUAAGGACUUCCUUUAGUACAAAGGUGUAAUCAGACAGGAUAGUGUAGAUUUGGGGCUUUUUGCUUUCUACACACCACAUUCUAUACAUUGACUGUAGCUUCACGGCUGUCUUAAAAUGGAAACUAGAAUGUGGAAGAGAGAUAAAUGAGCCUACAUGGGAAGGCAUGUCAGAAAUAUUUUGUUAGUUACACUUGAAUAUACGUAGGUGAUUAUUUCAAAUGGCAUGGUAGGAAUUCAAUGAUGACAGAAAUAACACUGUUUCCCCCUUUGCUUGCCAAAGUAUGAACCCUUAAUUCCGUAUGAACUAAGUUAAAAGCUUAGUUCCUGUGAUUAAUGUAUCUUCUGGCAAGCACCCUUGAGAAAGAUCGUAACUGCCAGCAGUCUUUGCACCUCCAUAUGGAUUGGCCUUUUUUAGGGAUCCCCUGAUGGAAAGGAGAGGAGGCAGUACAGGUCACUCAGUUCCAAAGGGGAGUAAAGAACAAAGAAAGGGGAGUAAAGAACAAAGAAAGGGGAGUAAAGAACAAAGAAAGGAGAGGCAGAGAAAGGCUCACUUCUCUACCUUUGCCUUGUGGCAAAAGCUUCCCUGGGGCAUCCUUCCCACACCCACCAUCACAAGUUUUUCUGGUGGGAGAUGCAUGAAAGAUUGUGCUCUACAAGUGGAAAUUGGCCAUGCUGUAUGGCAGGAUUAUUUUCAGGGUCUACCUUGGUUACUUCUGUUCUUAAACUUUUAGGUAGUUUCAUUUCUUUGUCCCAGGGAAACUGUCCUAUUACUGACAGUUGUCAAUCAGCCUGCAGUCCUUGCUGUUAUGACCACAUUCUGAUAACAAAUUAGCUAAUCCUUGCUUGACCACUGACUAGGUGUCAUUGACUGAUACAUGUAUCCAGUUGAAGAGAUAAUCCCUUUGAACCCUUCAGCUCUAAUAUUGAGAGUUUAUUCAGUCAACAGAUAUUUAUUGUAAGCCAAAUAUAUGGCAGACAUCAUUUUGUCCCAGAAAUGCAGCCGUAAACAAUGUAAGCAAAUGUCCUGCCCUCACGGGGGUUUCUUCUAGUGGAGAGAGAUAAUAAACAAAACACCUAAGUAAGUUCUGGAGUACAUUACAGAGAGAAAAGUACUCUGAAGACAAAGAGGGGAAGGGCGGGGCGGGGUGGGGGUGUGGUUUUUAAAGAGGGUGGUUAGAGACAGCCUCUGAUAUUUGAGCAAAGACUUGAAGAAGCCAUGCAGAUGUAAGGUUUAAUUGAAUAAAAAUUGUUUGUAUAGAAGAAUUUUUGAAAACUAAUUUCACCCAGCCUCCUAAUUUUAUAAAUGAGCAAAUUGGAUUUUGGUAAGAAGAAGGCAAAAAAACUUAUGCUUACGGAACAUUGUGUCAGGUACUGACACUCCCAAACUAGAGAGGAGUGAUGAAAUCUGCUGGUACUUUGAGUAGUUUGUAGUCUAAUUAACCAAUAAAUUUAAAUUUGAUUCAAGUGUGGUAAUAAAUGUGUGAAAAAGUACUUCAAAGCACAAAGAAGUAACAACUAAGUCUAUCUGGGAAGGUUAGGAAAAGGUUUCCCAUAUUUUAGUUGGGUUUUGAGGGAUAAGCAGCAAUUCACCAAAAUAAGAAAAAGCUUUUGAAGCAGGAGCAAAAGCACAUACAAAAACACAGAGAUAAGAGUAUUCUAUAUAUUUACACAAGCGUUAUGCUGUUCAUACUGGGAUUGUCAAAAGAGAAAUCUGAAAAGUAAAAGCAAGCCAGAUCAUUAAGGGCUCUGCAAGGGCAGCUUUUAAAGAUAUGCCUUUUCUGUUGUUGGUGGGGAAUUAGUGAGAAAUUUUGAAUAUAGAGCUGAGUUAUAGAUUUGGGUUUAUUAUAGAUUAGGAGGAUCACUGUAUGGAACAGAUAUAAUGGUGAUUAAGACAUGAUAUGAAGCAGCUGCAAUAAUCCUGUGGCACAGGAUGAGAGUUUGAACCAAUGGAGAUGGGGAUGAAAAAUAAGGGCAUAUUCAAGUGCAUGUUAGGUUAUGGAACUGGUGGGGUUGGUGAUUCAUAGAUGCAUGGUGUGAGGGAAAAGAGCAAAAAGGGGAGGAAAGGGCAGAGAAUAGAUUUAUGCUUUCUAUUUUGUGACUCAAAGCAACCCCAGUUGGGUGCUGUUCAUCUGUCAUGACUUGGUGACAAAGUUAAUAAAAGGGAGUUCAAAGGAAGGUUCUGGGCUUUGCUGGCACAGCCUUUGAUGAGUUUGUCCUCAGACCACGUUCAGAAUGUGGUGAACCAUAGCUCUACGGAGCAGUCCGCAAUUUGCUGUGUGAGCUUCACUAAGUAGCAUUGUCACCAUCUUGUAGUUACUGAUAACCGCUACUCAUAGUCUGUCAUGUUGAAGGAGGGCUCCAUAUGUCUGGAAGUGUGUGUUCUGACAUUAGCUGCUAGGCCAUUUGUUGCAAUUCUGAGGCAUGCCUGCAUAGAAUCAUGACAUUACACAGGAUCUACUAUAAACCUCACUUUACUCUCUUGGAAUACAGUGAUCAGAUAGGACCCCAUUGACAGGAAUAAGAAUCAAUAUACUGCUGAGAAGGAACCCAUGGUGUUGGUGAAGAUGUUGAAAAGCCAACACAGCCAGUAAUGUGGAGAAAUGGCCUGGGUUCAAAUCUUGGCUCUGACACUUGGUAGGUAUGAGACCUUGGAGAAGUUUCUGAACUUCUCCAUGCUUUAGUUUUAUGAAGGUUUAUUGUGUGGAUUAAAUUAGAAAACAUAUGCAAAUAUCUAACAAUAGUGGGCAAUGAGUGUAUGGUAGUCCCUGUUCUGGCUUCUUUUAUAAGGAUUGGUUGGGGAAGGGAAGGAGUAAUUUUCUGAUAGAUGAUUAAUAGCAAACUCGUGUUCUUUGUGCUCUAAUGUCACAUUCCAAUCUCUAGCAAAGUGCCUGGCACAUAGCAGUUGUUUAGUAAAGACAUUGAUAUCUUUAAGAUACUGAUAUCUAAAAGUACUCUGGUACUGCUGUAAAAGGAGUCUUACCAGAAUCACACCAGCAAAAAAAAAAAAAAAA